AUGGCCAGCGAAGGCCUUCCGAAGACUCCGGAUCUGUCCGAUCCCGAGACCCAAUACAUUUUAGAGGGCAAUGCCAGAUUUCGCCGGCUAGGAUGGAAGCGCCUCACGGUUAUUUCCAUAGUGGAGGCAAUAGCCCUCGGGAGCUUGGGCCUGCCUUCUGCCUUCGCUACGCUGGGCAUGGUUGCGGGUGUCAUUCUCACAAUCGGUAUCGGACUGGUAGCGAUGUAUGCGGGCUAUAACAUUGGACAAGUGAAAUUAAAGUACCCCGAAGUUGGGCACUACGCGGAUGUUGGCCAUCUUCUUUUGGGAAAUGUGGGAGGCAAGAUCUUCGUUUGCAGCUUCGUCGCCCUACUGGUCUUUGUCAUUGGCUCUCACUGCUUGACCGGCGCAAUUGCGUUCCAGACUAUCACUGAAAGCAGCGUGUGUUCGGUGGUCUUCAGUAUUGUCUCCGCUGCCAUUCUGAUGAUCCUCGCCAUUCCUCCAUCCUUUGCGGAAAUCGCAAUUCUUGGUUAUAUUGAUUUCGCUUCGAUUAUCUUGGCCAUCGGAGUCACGGUAAUUGCCACUGGCAUCCAAAGCUCCACUUCCACCGGCACCUUCUCCACUGAUCAUAUCCCGUGGUCUGCGUGGCCCAUAGCUGGGAUCACUUUCUCGCAAGCGAUUGUGGCCACGAACAAUAUUGUCUUCGCUUAUUCUUUCGCUGGCUGCCUGCCUUCCUUCAUGGAAGACAUGCAUACUCCGGAGGAUUACAUCAAAACCCUAUGGUGGCUAGGAGGCAUCCAAAUCGUCAUCUACACAUUGACAGGGUCGCUUAUCUACGCUUUUGUGGGCCAGGGCGUGCAAUCUCCUGCCCUACUAUCAGCCGGACCAGUCAUUUCAAGAGUGGUUUUCGGCAUAGCUCUUCCAGUCAUCUUCAUCUCCGGCUCUAUCAACGUGACGGUCGUCUGCAGAUACAUUCACGGCAAAUUCUACCAUGACUCGGCCGCUCGCUUUAUCAACACCCGAAAGGGCUGGAUGACUUGGUUGGGUCUCAUUUCCCUUGUUACUGUUCUCGCCUGGGUCAUUGCCGAGGCUAUACCGAUUUUCUCGGAGCUACUGUCCAUCAUCUCGGCACUUUUUGUAUCCGGUCUGUCGUUUUACAUUCCUCCCGUGAUGUGGUUUGUGCUUUUGAGGGAUGGGGCGUGGUAUGAGAAACACAAUCUACGGCCUGCGAUGUGUAAUUUGGUGGUCUUUAUUGUCGGUAUGAUUGUUUUCGGUUGCGGUACUUACUCGAGUAUUGCCGAGCUGGUUACUGAGUUUCGGUCGGGGGAGAUAAGUAAACCUUUUACGUGUUAA